AGAUUUUGUAAUGUCAACAUGUCGACACUAGACCCCCGACCGUGGGAGAGGGGAGUUGAGGAUUCGUCUUAGACCAACAUCCCACCAAUAAAAGAUAUCUUGCUCGACACUUAUUCAAAAGCAUCUUUCUGUUUUGUCACCACGACACCAUUCAACAUUGAACUUGAGGGGAGGUAGGCGCCUUACUUAAGGUGCUGUGAGAUACAAACCGCCGAGCCAAAAGUGUAUUUCUUAUUGGCACAAUUGCUAUUAUAAGUCCAUCUGACAGGUGCCUUACCUUAGGUACUGCCGUUGAAAUGAUGCUCCUGGCCAAUGACAUAACAGGUAGAUGGGGAUCCACUCAUGAAAGCUGUUGCCUACAUCCUACAUGCCACUCUCUUUUGUCUCUGCCGUACAAGAAGAAUAUAAAAGGAACGAUGAUCCGGCUUUGGAUGUCAUUUCUAAUAGGCAUUAAACCCAUUGAAUACCGAGCUACCUUUCGACUAUGCUAGGCCCACCGAGCAUAUCAAGUAGAUAUGUGAUAGUUGAUCACGAGGAGACGGCUCUGAGCCCGGAGUUGGAAAAAAUACACAACUGGCUUAACCCAACCGACUACUUGGCUGAAUCAGGAGAGUUUCGCCGUAACCUCUCAUGCCAGGCCCCUGGAACUGGACUAUGGAUAAUUCAGACCCAUGGGUACAAAAAUGUGAUGGCCUCUGCAAUUAUCCAGCAUUUACGCACAUCUGAAAAUUGUCCGGUACUCUCCUUCUUUCGAAAUAUCGUUGCAGACAAUUUCUCGCCACGCGCUCUUAUCCGAGAUUGGCUUGCCCAGCUUUUGCCCUACUCUCCCAAACUGCAAAUUUCACUCCGGCAACUUUUAGAGACAAGCCUAGAAGAAACUUCGGACAAUGAGCUCUUUCGGUUUUUCCUUGAUGGAGUAUCUUCUAUCCCAAAAUGCUUUUGUAUUGUGGAUGCUCUGGAUGAAAUGGACGGAAAUGAUACCGGAAAUAGGCUGUUCCUUGACAAACUUAACAGCUUAGCUACCCAUCGUCCUCAGUCCCUGAAGCUACUUAUCACCAGUAGACCCAAGCAGUAUCUUCAAAGCGCUUUAAGGGUUACAUCAAUCGUGCACAUAGGUCAUCAGCAACGUCUUGUAGAUGUUGAUAUCAUGGCGUAUCUACAUCAUCGAUUCGACACGCUUCGCAAAACCGAAGAAACGCGGGACGUUAAACAGCAAGUAAUUGAUAUGGUAGCAAAAAUGUCUCAAGGUUUAUUCAUAGUUGCCAAACUUACAAUGGACCAAGCAGAGGCUUUUCUCCUGGCAGAGAACCCAGUAAACUCUUUUGCUCUCGAGCAAUCCCUCCCCGUCGGACUGGAGCAAACAUACACCAGUCUGCUAGCGAAGCGACGGGAGGAGAACAAAGUCAGUGUUGAGACCCAGGUUUUUGUACUUGAGGCCGUCACUCAUUCCUCUCGCCCUCUGCGGUUGAACGAAUUAGCGAACCUGAUGGAAUUUAUACGCCCAAGCAUCGAAGCACCGGCAGACUUUAAGGUCCUGAUUCUCGAAGACGAAACUUUACAAGUCAUUCAUCAUUCGUUCACUGAGUUCCUCCGGGGUGAUACGCGCAACCUAGAAGUAACGAACACGCCAGGUGCAUUUCCGGUAAUAGAAUCCCAAAUGGCCCACCAGCACAUAGCCAUCAACUGCCUUCGAUAUCUUCAAUCGGGUUCUCUGCUGCUUGAAAGCAAAAUUUCCAGCGAUAUGGCUAUGGAGCCAUCAGUGACCUACCAAAAGCCACAACAUCAAAUUGAUCCAGGUACAGAACAUCAUGAACGUGAGCAUCUACGAUUGAAAAAGCGAGGGGACUCCUUUAAAUAUCAGGUAGCUUGCUUGCACCAUUCAUUUUUGAGUUAUGCCGUGGAAAACUGGGCAUACCAUGCUAGUCUUUGCGGAAAGGGGGAAGACGAAGAACUUUUCGCCGCCAUCUUCGAAGAUGGUUGGCCCUUCAAUGGGGGACGGACAUCAAAGGGACCGGAAGACACGGAGGGCUUGCCGACGGCAUUUCACAUCGCCGCAUUCUCGGGAUUGUGCAGACUUUCUAUUAAGUUGAUAAGAGAGGGCUUAGAUGUAUCCGCAGUCGAUGCCCAGGGACGUAUUCCGUUACACUGGGCAGCAGCCAAUGGCCAUGCGAAGCUUGCUUCAUUGCUGAUCCAACGUGGGAGUGACCCGAAUGCUGAGGACGAGUAUGGCCUAAAGCCGAUCCAUCUUGCCGCCCAAAGAAAUCAUGUCGCGGUCGUCAGAGUACUACUUGAAGCUGGCGUUGAACCUGACACAAUCAAAACAAAGGAAAAUCAUACAGGGCGUCUACUAAGUGGAGAGACUGCCACGAAGGGAGAGUGCGCAAUAUUAUACGCUUGCCAACGGGGCCAUACACAAUUCGGACGGACAGAUGCAGUCAUAGCCAUCUUGGAAAAGACUGAUGUCUCAGCAAACGCUACAUUCCGUAGUGCGACUGCGUUAUACUUAGCAUCUCUUAUAGAUGGGGGAGCGGAUGUAACUCAAAUGUCGAGGUGGACACCCAGACGGACUAUAAAUGGCGGCGGCCUUUAUGGCAUUGCCACUGCACAAGCCCCCUUACACUGUCUUGUGCAAUUUUGGCACGAAAAUAACAAUUUGUCUUGCCGAGCUAUCUUGAGAAUGUUGAUAGAGGCAGGCGCUGAUCUUGAGCAAGCGGCUAAUUUCUUGCCAAGAUAUACCUUGGUAGAAGCAGGAGCAGAUCUGAAAAAGACCAAUGUUUCUGGGGAUACUCCUAUGAAUAUGAUCUUGCGCCGGCAUCGCGACCCCGAGAUUAUACAAUUUCUCCUGAAGCACGGGGCACUGCACUGUGCGAUCGAAAGGCCGAUGACUAUAAUUGAGGAAGAGAACAUAGAAGCCGUUAUUAAAAUUCUACUUGAAAACGGCGCCGAUCCAAAUAUCCAGAAUAUUUAUGGUAAGACUCCAAUAUAUAAAGCGAUAUCCGCCGGGUUUGAAAUAUCCAAGGUGCUUCUCAAAAAUUGCGCAGACGAUGCUGUUAAGAAGCAAUGUUGGUUUGGCUUGUCUUCCGAGUCCAACAUUGAGAAAUUCACCGAAUCUCUCGAGUUAUUACUCGCGGAGGGUAUUGAUAUCAACACCGCAGAUAGCGAUGAGCGAUGUCUUUAUCUUAAAUGCUUGAUGUCAGAAGACAAGCUACGCAUUCUCCGCAAUUAUGGAGCGAAAACAGACUGCACCGAUAUUAGGGGAAACGGUGCACUUCACAUACUUUCCUCCCAAAAUUGGUGCGCGCGCGAGCGGAUGCAAAGGCGUAUUACUGAGGACGGAUUGGACCCCCUUGAACCAAACCAUUCGGGAGACACGCUUUUACAUGUUGCCUCUUCGUCGUAUAAGGGUGGAAAGGAGGAUGUAGACUAUGUCCGCUGGCUUAUUAGUCUUGGAAUCCCAGUAAACGCCGUUAAUGAUAAUGGUUGUACAGCUCUCCAUACCUUCAUAAAGGGAACUUGCUACGAGAAUGCCGAAAAUGCCGUACCUGUUGAUAAGCGCGUCCAUUUCGUCGACGCAAUCAAUUAUCAGAAUAAUGUCGACUUUGAAAUUCGAGAUAAUGAGGGAAACGCGGCCCUUCAUUUAGCGGCCAUGCGUUCGGAAGCCCACGUCAAAGCGCUUCUUGACGCUGGGGCUGAUCCAAACUUCUUAACGGAAAAUCGUCAAAACUUACUACAUCUUUCCUGUCAGGCCGGGAACCCAGUAUCGUUUGCCAGAUACUUCAACUGGGAACGGACCCCGCUUCAUUAUGCAUGCAUCUCAGGAGAACCGGAGUCUGUGGCUUUUCUACUUAACCACGGGGCCAAUCCUGGGGCACUGGAUCUCGAACUUUCAACUCCACUCCACGCAUGUGAGCAGUUUAUAUUAGAGCAAAACAUGUGGAAUGUGCAUGACCCUCGAUACAGAUGGCAAGGUCCGGGUACAGAUACCUUCCGACCACGCUCGUUCACCCCUGUACGGUUAUGGCAUCGUAAGGGCCGUGACGGCAGGUCGAUAGAGGCUAUGAAUGGCUCUCUCAGCGCUGGAAAAAUUGUAGAGUUACUUCUCAAUGCAAACUGCAAUGUUGCCGCCGUCAACAUGUCUGGACUAACAGCACUAGAUAUAGCCAUUCAGUUCGGUUCUUGCGAGUUCGUUGAGAUAUUUUCCAAAGAUGAGGACCUGUUCAAGAAAGCAACCAGGAAGCUUGACAUGGAAGAGGGAGCGGAUCUACCGGAGCGGUUACAAGAGAAGAUGAAAGCUCUUAUGGACUUGAUACGACCAAGGCCUGCACCUGGUAUUCUCGGCGAGAGCAAAUCUUCUUUUAGCAGAGUGACCACGUCUAUUUACACUUACUUGAAUCUUCUGAUAGAAGAAGACGUUGUACGGUUAAUCAACGAAGGCUUCGAAUCCGACCCGCCAAAUGUUUCUCAUUAUAAGCUCCUUGAGGAACUCAUGAAACCUGGUCACACACAGGUUGCCAGUCGAGUAUCUCGACUAAUAAUGCACUACAGCUCUUACACAGGUGUUCGAGAUCUGAUUGAGAGACAAAGAAAGGCCGAAACACAAGAAUAUAAUUUCCGCGCCCACAUUGCUCUGGAACUAGCAUGUCAAGAGAAAAAUUCUAACAUGUUAAUGAUAAAGCUCCUGAUAGAAAGCUUACAUAUCGAUGUUAAUGCACGGGGAGCAUUUGCCGAUAGAUAUGGGAGCAAAGACUCUGUGUGCGUGACAAAGGUAAACCCCGCUGGAACAGCACUUCACAUACUGGCAUCGGCGGACCAUAGCUGGCAAUUGGAAGGCAUGAAAUAUGUACUUUCACACGGAGCCUUUGUUGAUUCUCUCAACGAAAAUAGAGAAAACCCUCUUCACAUCGCUGCUCGCAAUAUAGAUUUCAAAAGUGCUCCUGGCAAAGGCCUCUGGAGAUUGGAAGCGGUAUGCAUACUUCUUGAUCAUGGGGCUAACCCAAACAGCCUGGACGAUGCAAGGCUUUCCCCUCUUCAUAAGGGUUCUUCUUCCCCAAGAAUUAGAAAGGAGUUGCUCCGCAGGGGCGCAGACCCGACAAUUGGCGAUAGAAACCCCUUAUUUUUAGCUGUACACGACCAAAACCUCCCAGCACUAGAGGCAUUUCUCGACACUGGACUUGGAGUUGAUUCGCUCGAUGAAGGGCGCCAUAGUAGGGGCGUGUAUUUCCAGGUGAAAAAGUCUCGGAAGUUGUACGCUCUGCUGUGUGCAGCUUUUACUACGAGGACAAAUGCCAGUGUUAGAGACUCGGUGCCGCUUCUUCGCACACUUGUACAGCGAGGUGCUAAUUUGUAUCUGCCACUGAAUGACGACGAGACUAUGAUCCAUUUUCUAUGCGAAUAUCCACAGUACGAGAUCUUGGACGCGUUGCUACAAGAACCAUGUGUGACUCGAAUCGACUUUAACCGCCGUGAUCAGCGUGGCCGAACGGUGUUGAUUGCUUCGUGCGAUUGGCGUGAGACCUUAUCUAGUAGUGCGUAUGAACAAUGGCAUCCUAAGGCCUUGGGCCCUCCGCUGAGAAUACUAGACUAUGGAGCCAAUGCCACCAUCGCGGAUAACGAAGGAAAGACAGCGCUCCAUCACCUCAUAGACAACACUGGUAUGUCGGACGAGGUCAUUAUUGAAUUUAUCAACUACAAACAAGUUGCUCCUACCUUGCUCUUGAAAGAUAACUACGGAUUUUCGCCGUUCCACUAUGCUUCGCGUGUCCUGCGACCCGAACUUUGCAACUUGCUGCUUGCCAAAGGCGCAGAUCUUCUAGAGCCCGAUUCGAACGGUUGGUCAGUUUUACAUCACAUAGCCCCGCAAUGCCUCAAGACACGCCGAGAACCACUUCCAUCCGAGCGUAAUCCAUUCAAACUACCUGAUGAUCAUUUCGACAAAUGUCUAGCUCUCUGGCAAAGGUUCACAUCGGAAGGGGGAUCUAUAAACGCAGUUUCUAACGAUGGGUCCACUCCGUUGCACACCUUUCUGUUAUCUGCAAAUGUAAACUCUCGCACACCGGAUUCAGUGGAGCACUAUCUUCGUCAAUUUGAGAGACUCUUCGCGGCCGAUAGCGGUGUUGACUUAUUUGCGCAAAACGGACAAGGCGAAACGGGUCUCCAUUUGAUUUCUAGGAGGGCGAAAGAGUACUAUGAAGAGAAAGACCACGAUAAGGUAAUGUUUAAGGCGUUCAUGGCCAAAGGACUGGAUCUGUUGAAGGAUUUGGAUGCCAAGGGGAGAAGGGCGCUGGAUGUGGCCAGUGCUUUUGAGAAGGACAGUAUCAUUUCAAUCUUCGGAAGAAAGUAG